UACUCGCUAACACAUCUCUUUCACCUACACAUAAGAAUAAAACUCCACAUGAUUAAAUAUUGGUCAAAGCCUAUCUGGUGGGAGAAAAGAAACACUGAAAAGCCUCUUUCCUCGCCUGGACUCCCACAACUUGUUCUUCACUUCCUUCUAUACCCCAAGUCACCUUCCUCAAUGAUGGGUUAUAAAUGUUACUAAAGACACAUGAAGUCAGGGGUGAUUGCUCAACAUAUGUUAAAAUACCUAAUUAAGUACCGUUUUCAGUUUCAAUUUAACCAUCUUUUGAUGUUGCACCUUUGUCUCUUCAAUCCACCUUUCUGUAUUAAGUCGUUUGAAUUUUACCAACUUUACUACUUAUGAAAUUAUGUCACAUAUUAUGUCUGCUUCCAUCCUUCAAAGCGUGCCUUCUUCCAAAUUUCUUAUCCUCAAGAAUAUAAAAACCAGUAGAAAAUAUAAAAGUAUAAACCUGCCAGUGCUUUGUGGUGGUGACUGGUUAAAGAAGUCAUCUGAAAGCAAACUAAGCAUAUUAGUGCUAAUUGCUAAAAAAUGUGGCAGUGAGUCAUGAAUGAGAGGGAUUCUGACCAACCAACUUCAAAUCCUAGGAAUAGGUGGAUGGACUACAGACGUUUCAGGGUCACAGAGAGCCACAGUUCUUAAAACAGGGUUGAGAAAACCAUUUUGGAGACGGGUGUAAAUGGUAAAGAACAGAUUAUGAAACCAAACUGCCUGCGCUCAAAUCCCAGCUCUUGUCCCAUAUUUGCUAAGCAAGUUUCUUAAUCUCUAUGCACCUGGAUUUUCUCACCUGAAAUAUGGAAACUAAUGAUGACCCCUAUUUCACAGGACCUGGGUUAGGAUUAUAGGAGGUAAAGUACUUAUGACAGCGCAGCGCUGAGGGGACACUGGGCGCGCGGGGUGGUGAACAGGCGGCGCCCCUGCGUGGAGCCAAUUGCAGGCCAACCGCCUGGAGCGUGGCCGAGGGCAGAGCAGAUAACGAUGUGGACGCAGCCCGCCGGGGCCUGGGCCUGGGCCGGGGCGGACACUGCCACCCGGGCCCGCUGGCGCUGUCUGUGGUCGGUGCUGGCGGUAGCACUGGGGCUGUUGACUGCUGGAGUAUCAGCCUUGGAGGUAAUCACCCCAAAAGAAAUAUAUGUGGUCUAUGGGACAGAAGGGGUGCUGCCCUGCAAGUUCAAGUCUAACAUCACCACAGGCCCGGCGACCACAGUCUCCUGGAGCUUCGAGCCAAUUGAGUCCAACACCACCGUGUCCUUUUUCUACUUCGUGGACGGUCAAGUGUUCCCCGGGAAUGACCCGCUGUUCAAUAACAGGGUCACCUGGGCUGGAGACCUCCGCAACAAAGACGCAUCCAUCAAAAUACAAAAUAUGCAGUAUGACCAUUACGGUUACUUCAUCUGUGAUGUCAAAAACCCUCCCGACAUCGUCUCUAAACCCGGAUAUAUUCUCCUCACUGUUGUAGAGAAAGAGUUGCCCACGCCGCCCAGGACUCCGCGGCCCCGGACACUGAGGCCUCCUCAGCCCAGGCCUCCGCCACCCAGGACUCCACAGUCCCACAAGCCGCCCUGGAAUCCGGUUUCGCACGUGGUGGGUAUAGCGGCCGCUGUGAUUCUGGGACUCCUCCUCUUCCUUCUCUUCAUAACCCUGGUUCUCUGGUACAUAAAGAAUCGCUCCAUUCCGGAUAACACCGGGGCCCAGUGAUAUGCACAGUCAGACCACUCCGGCGGACAUCACAGUGACAAGCUGAACAAGUCAGACUCCGUGGUGUGCACGGACAUGCGGAAAAUUUAAAAGACCCAGAUCAUAUCCUAAGGGAGAAAUUCAAAUGUGCUCUGUGUAGCAGUGUAGUCAACAGCAUGUAUGACUGGGACACGGGCAGGCAAAGAGCCAAGGAGAUGUAAGGGAUAUGUAUACAUCUUCGAUUUAACCUUCGGAUGGGAGGAGCAGUUGUGCAUGAUGAAAAGAUAUGGUUCUACAUAUAUGUAAAUUGUCUCGCUGUUUGUUUUUUUACUUUUUUGCAUCCAGGGUCAUUUACAGUUGGGGAAAUUCAGCAACAUUCCUGUCACCAUCAUUUGGAUAUGGUGCUCCUUAAUGGUGAUGUAGCAAUCUCUUAGUAUCCCAACAGACUUGGCCUUUCUGUCUAAGCACUUAUUGGAGUUGGAGAAUGAAGAUACUGUGCGGGAGAAAUAGCCAGGGUGGCCUGUCCCACACUGUUUGUUCUGACUGUUGGGUUGAAGUUUUUAG